AGGGGCUGGAUUAAUUCUUAGUGGGCAAAACAAUCUUCUUUCUUUCAAUUUCUCAGCUUAUUUGCUGUUAUAGAAAGAUGGGGAAAGUUUAUAAAACUGUAGGUCUGCUAGUAGUGUUGUUUGUGAUUGGGGUAGCUGAGUGCCGGCCGAGACUUGAGAAGGAUAACAUUGGAGGUGGUUUCGGUGGUGGUGGAGGAGGAGGCCUUGGUGGAGGUGGUGGUCUAGGUGGGGGUGCUGGUGGUGGAGGUGGUGCUGGUGGGGGUCUUGGUGGUGGUGCUGGUGGAGGCGCCGGGGGUGGCUUUGGAGGCGGAAAAGGUGGUGGUAUAGGAGGGGGUCUUGGUGGUGGUGCUGGAGGUGGUGCAGGUGGAGGUGCCGGGGGUGGCAUUGGAGGCGGAAAGGGUGGUGGCAUAGGAGGGGGUGUUGGUGGUGGUGGUGGUGCUGGAGGCGGUGCAGGUGGAGGUCUUGGUGGUGGAGCUGGAGGCGGUGCAGGUGGAGGCCUUGGUGGUGGAGCUGGAGGCGGUGCAGGUGGAGGCCUUGGUGGUGGAGCUGGAGGUGGAGCAGGUGGAGGUCUUGGUGGUGGUGGUGGUGCAGGUGGUGGGGCUGGAAUAGGAGGGGGAUUAGGGGGAGGUGCUGGUGGAGGUGUUGGUGGUGGAGCAGGUGGAGGUUUUGGUGGUGGUGCUGGUGGAGGAGUUGGAGCUGGUGGCGGUGUUGGAGGUGGAGUUGGGGGUGGCGGUGGAGCAGGAGGAGGAUUUGGUGGAGGUGGCGGAGCUGGAGGAGGUGUAGGUGGAGGCGCUGGUGGGGGCUUCGGUGGUGGUGCUGGAGGAGGAGUUGGUGGCGGAUUUUAAAUCCAAAUUUCAUUAAGCUAGGUAACAUGUAGCCACAUGCUCCAGGGAAUCAAAAAUAUAUAUGUACCAAGUGAUAUAUUCACUACUUUAUUUAUCAACAUUGCGAAUGAAAUAAAAGGCUCCAACAUGGGAAAAAAAAAAGUAUCGAAUCCUAUUUUAAAGCUCAUGUACCUUUUUCUUGCAUCCUUGACCAUUAUGGCCCACAAAAAUGAUAGAGCGAUACUAAACUUGCAAUUUUAAU